GGAAGAUUCAAGCAAAGCAUGUGGAAUUCGAAGCACCCUGCACGCCAAUCGUCCUAUGAGCGUCGUGGAUAAGGACGGAAAGUAGAUUCAUCCGUCCGUCAUCCCGACUCCCAACCUCCACUCGGAGGCUCCAGCUAUUUUUCUCUGUGGAUAUGUGGCCUAGGUCCUUUUUUCUCUCGUCUCCUUCAUCCACGCCCCUCUUCCAAACCCCAAGCCUUUGCUCCCACACGUCUCAAGGCGUCGUUUUGAUUGGUAUGUAUGUAUGUGUGUGUACGCUACCAUGUCCCACCUCCACUCGUGUGUGGAUCAAUAGCCAUCAACUCCAUAGGUCUACCAUGGCUGUCGUUUGUAUCAUCACAUAUGCACCUGAGGAUCAUCGAAGGAAGUAGUCGCCCCCAGCCUUCGAUGCUCUUCAACUCCUCCUCCUGGCGUCUUGCCAAGCGCCUCACCUAGACCCCUUACGUGUUCUUCGACCUGGGCAUCUCGAAGUGCGCGCGACAGAAGCCCGACAAGAAUGGGAGGCUAGUCGAUACUGAGAAGUCGGCAUAGAAAUGUCGUUCGGCCGAACCCGAUCGCCCUCCAUCAAACCAACACUGCCCAGGCGACACCACGACAGAAAGAUAUCCGUUCACGUAUGGUGUCUGCGUCGAACUGUUGAGCGUUGUGUCGAACCGGAACCCCAGACGUCAAGCCUUUGCCAGGACGACCGAGCUCGAGUCUAAUCACGUCUUAGCAUUCGACCAUGCCGUCAUGACCAGAACGGCGAGUGUCCUCUGCAUAGCGCUCCUGCUCCCAGCAAUCCUCCUUCGCAUCGAGUAUCGACUUCGGACUGUAUCGCGUCGGGUAUGGUUACGAAAGAAACUUCGGCGACCCAAGACCACCAAAGGCCAUCACUUCUCCCAGCGUCAACACGCAACCAGCCAUCAUCCAUUCACAUGUCUCUACAGCCCCUUCCGGAAGCCUUAUUCCGCCGGUACGAAGAAGAAAAAAUUGAGACAUGGCAACAGUCCGGUGGACGUUUAUCGUUGCUGGAAACCGUUGUCUUUGCCGGGGUGGGCGAGGACAUCUUGUCAUGCAUUCAACUCCGGAUUCGACUGCGGCGGCUCCGAGGUUAAUUCAACACGUCUCCGCAGCCUCGCUACUCACGCUGCCAUGCCGGUGGGUCGAGGUCUAGGCUUUGCAACGGACCAACCAGCAUCUUCACAGUGUGCAAUACAGAGUACUCAUCACGCUAAACCUCCAGUUGGACUUGCAUCUGUGAACUGGUCUGUUCGUCGUGGCUGCUCCUUCUCCAAAGUCUAA